GCAGUCCCUUUCAUUGGUUACACUUGGCCAUUGUUAGGUGUUGUGUUUUAGAGCAUCAAGUUUUUGGCGCCGUUGCCGGGGACUUUCUAGAGUAUUAGGAAAGGCAGAAGUUUGUUACUUUAGCGUUUUUCUUUUCUUUUCCACCCUUUCUUUUCACUUGGGUGUUUUUGUUUUUGUUGGUGCAGAUCUGAAUCAUGGAUCCUAAUGGCUUCUCCAAUCAUUGGGGGUAUCCACCACCAUCCGGGUGGUAUUACCCCGUGACUCCCUACAGCAAUCAAGGAGGAGAAGACUAUGGAUUCGGGUUCCAGUACCAACCCCCUUACUACGGAGAACAAUCAGACCCCUGGGCAUAUCAAGAACAACCUCAUUACCAAGAAGACUUUCUCCCACAACCAGAAGGGCCAUCGGAGCUGGAGUUACCCAUGGCGGCCUUCACGGGCCACUCUGCAGAGCCAUGCUACACUUCACUGGAAGAUCCGAACGAACAAUUAAGGCUUCUCGUGGAGCAGUUUGCUCGAGACACUGAGAAAUCAUGCUCCAAGAUGGAUCUUCAAAUCAAAGCCCUUGCCACUUCCGAUCCCUCAUUUCUCCAUGAUAUGGAGGAGACUGUUCAGCGCUCAGCGAAGCAAACAGAGUGGGUGAAGCAAGUUUGCUCACAUCUUGCUCAAGAUCACCUUUCUGCUGCCACGCUAGAAGAGGUGGAGGAUGACAAAGGCUAUGGGAGCGUUGAGGAGCAUACAGAAGUUAUCACAGAGAACUCCCAUGAUAACCAUGAUCAGGAAAGUCCUUUGGUUGCAGACCACACCUUUCCUCAUUUAUGCUCUAACAUGUUGGGCCCGUGCGAGGAGAUGCAAGAUGAUCCCAUUGAAGAAAUUGCUUGGCGACUUGCUCUCCAAUCUGUUCUAGAAGAAGAAGAGCGAGCAAGGAUGAGGAAGAAAGUUGUGGAUGAUGAGGAAGAAAGAAAAGAAGAGGUGGUUCUUGAUCUUUUCCCAGGGGAGAGACCACAUUUUGAAGAAGGAAGGGGGGUUGAGGAAGCAAUUGGCGUCCAGGCUGAGGAUGAAGUUGAGGUGGAAGAGGCAUGCACCGGCCAUGAGUUGCAAGUAAUAUCCCCACCAAACUUUGAGGAACUGCUUGGCAAGGACCCAUUUGCAGUGUCUCUUUGCCAGACCAAGGCCACAUCGACAUCGGUCCCUCUUGGUGGACGCGAUGGUGGCCAAUCGAUGCUGUCAUAUCUGGUUUGGGGCAAUGAGACGAGAGAAGAGAAGAAGAGGUCUCGAGGGUGGAGACUUCAUCUGCAUCAAGUACAUGAGCCUUCAUCACCUGCCACACCACAUGCUCGUGACUUGAGACUCCACCUCAUCGACGAGAACCUCAACUUCAAGGAGGUUCUAGCAUGGACCGAAACUUAGGAGCCAUCGUCCGGCUCACGACGUGAAAGAAGCGCUUGUUGGGAGGCAACCCAACCAGUCGGUUUGCAUUUCUUUCUCUAUUUCUCCUCGGUUGAGUCAGUUUUGUUAUUUGAUUUUAGAGUCAAUAACUCAACCUUUGUGAGAUUUUGUGUGGUGUUUGUGUUCUGAUUACUCUCUCUUCCUGGACUGCACUGCCUGACCCGUACAUCAUCAUUCACCCUUGAUCUGGUAACUUCGUUCAACCCUCCUUAUCUUUCCUCCAUUGAGGACAAUGUCGUGCUUAAGUGUGGGGGGGUGUUCGAUUAUGUAUGCGGGUGAAUGUUUGGCUGUUUGUGUGCUUGGAGCCUAGUCCACUGUCCAAAUUUUUAAAUUUGAGGACUCCAAGUACGUGUUUCCUUGCAAUUGCCUGCUCAGUAUGCUUUGAAUUGACAGUCUUUAUAGUAAUAUGCAACCUAGGGAGGUAGUGUAGCACUAUGGAGGAUGUUGAUGCAUUUAAGAAGUCUCGUUUCUUCUUCAUAUUGUGUUGGUUGAUUGAGUGAAUUAGUGAUCUUAGGACCCUUGAAUUGUGUGGUGUUGUGGAUUCUCUGCCUGUCAUGGACUCUUGUAUCAUGUUUUGAGUUUAACAGGUGCUCGAAAAUGUGCUUCAAAUAACGUCUCCCGUGCGAAUAGGGCGAAAGUGUGUAAGGGGAGACGGGAAUUCGUUCCCAAUUUCCACCUACUACCUCCAGCCCCCUUACAUGUCUUUCCCCCGCACGAGGCUCGAGACACCCGCUCCUGGCAUGGCCGGUAAGAGCAGGUUGGGACCCUUGAAAAGAAAAGAAAAGAAAAAUAACAGAAAACAAGCAAAAUAGAAAAAAAGGGGGUUCCAACCAUCUUCAAGAAUAAAAUAGAGCACCUUGAAAAAUGUGAGUCCAUGAUCUUUUGUUUUUGAGAAUCUCUUCAUCCACAAUUCAUUUGUCCUCUGUUCACUAUUUGCCGUGAUGCCGACUCGCCGAAGAAGUUAUGAGAUGACUUGUGCGUCGGUUGACCUCGUAAGUUGCUAAAUGAUCUAGGAAGUCCUCUACCUACGAUCUGGGUUGUUUGUUGCUAUAGAGGUCUGGAGAGUUGCAUUGGUUUGAGUUAGGUUUGCUUGGGGACAAGCAAACGGUUAAGUGUGGGGGAGUUUGAUAGACCGUCAUUUACACAUGUUUUUACCCCCAUUCUUACACCGUUUGAGGUGUUGAUUCUCGUGUUUUAGGCUGAUUUCACGCUAGGUUGUGCUUGUUUGUGAUGUUUCAGGUCCUAGUACGUGAAUGAAGGCUUAGGAGCGAGUCUGGGGUCGAUUGGACGAAGAACGGACGAAUGGCGAGGUUUUUGGGGAGCUGCAAGGGCAGACCAGGGAGGCUGCACGGCCGUGCACGUGAGCAAUAUGGCCGUGCGCCUUAUGCCGAGGACACGCAUGGGCAACCCCUGGAGCUCGCACGGCCGUGCACCCUGGCCGUGCGAGAGGGCUGAAGUUCGACUAAAUGACACGCUGCGUUUUGAGUUGCACGGCCAGAAUGGUGAUAUGCACGGCCGUGCACCCUGGCCGUGCGAGUCGGGAUUUCCUGGUUUUAAGCCAAAUUCCGAACCAAAGAGGAGGGAGAGCUGGGUUUUGGAUCCCAAACACCCAAGGGACGAACCCUAGAGAGAGAGAGCGACUUGGGAACAUUCUUGGAGCUAUUUUGGAGGAUUUCUUCGCCAUUGAAGCUCGGGAAUCAAGCUUGGAGAUGGAGAUUGAAGAUCUAGAUCAGAUUUCUGCAGUCUCUCUCUUCUCUAUGGAGUAACUUCCCUUCACUUAGGUUUUGAGGAACCUUAGUUCCAUGAGUUAGGAUCUU